CUGCGUUUGAAUUCACUGGAAGUCUUUAUUGUAGUUGUAGUGCCUCUAAUUAUUUCAUUUGUAAUUAAGCAACAAUGUCUUCAGUUGAGUGUUUGAGAGAAUUUGUCAACGAGCGACUAACUGCUGCUGCUGAAGAAAUAUUCGGAGUUUUAAAAAAAACGAUCGUCGAGUACGAGGAAGAGAUCGAUCGUCAGCGCAGACUGCUGGAUAUCGUUUGGAAACCCGACAUAAAGCUACACAGGACAGAGCUCCCACAGCAACAUGUCUGGAAGGAGGAGGAGGUUCUGGCUGACCAGCAGCUCUGUAUUCAGGAGAGGAACUCCAGUCUGGACCAAGAGGACCCAGAGCCUCCACAGAUUAAAGAGGAACAGGAGGAACUCUGUACCAGUCAGGAGGGAGAGCAGCUUGUACUGAAGCAGGAGACUGAUACCUUUAUGUUGACUCCUACUUAUGAGGAAAGAGACCACAGUGAAGCAGAACUGAAAAGUGACCACCAGCUCCUCUCUCACAGCUGUCAUGUAGCUGAGAGCCAAGAUCAGAAAGGAGGCGAGCAUGAAGACUCAGGAUCAACUAGAGAUGCAGAGCCAGAACAAAAGAAUCAAGAUCACAAAAGCAGAAGCCACAGAAACAAUGUAAACAACUCUACCAUGUCAGAGGUUCACCAUAAUCCUCACACAGAGCUCCCACAGCAACAUGUCUGGAAGGAGGAGGAGGUUCUGGCUGACCAGCAGCUCUGUAUUCAGGAGAGGAACUCCAGUCUGGACCAAGAGGACCCAGAGCCUCCACAGAUUAAAGAGGAACAGGAGGAACUCUGUACCAGUCAGGAGGGAGAGCAGCUUGUACUGAAGCAGGAGACUGAUACCUUUAUGUUGACUCCUACUUAUGAGGAAAGAGACCACAGUGAAGCAGAACUGAAAAGUGACCACCAGCUCCUCUCUCACAGCUGUCAUGUAGCUGAGAGCCAAGAUCAGAAAGGAGGCGAGCAUGAAGACUCAGGAUCAACUAGAGAUGCAGAGCCAGAACAAAAGAAUCAAGAUCACAAUAGCAGAAGCCACAGAAACAAUGUAAACAACUUUACCAUGUCAGAGGUUCACCAUAAUCCUCACACAGAGCUCCCACAGCAACAUGUCUGGAAGGAGGAGGAGGUUCUGGCUGACCAGCAGCUCUGUAUUCAGGAGAGGAACUCCAGUCUGGACCAAGAGGACCCAGAGCCUCCACAGAUUAAAGAGGAACAGGAGGAACUCUGUACCAGUCAGGAGGGAGAGCAGCUUGUACUGAAGCAGGAGACUGAUACCUUUAUGUUGACUCCUACUUAUGAGGAAAGAGACCACAGUGAAGCAGAACUGAAAAGUGACCACCAGCUCCUCUCUCACAAAAACUCUUUCAAAUGUGACACAUGUGUAAAAGACUUCAACUAUGUGUCAAUAUUGCAGACACAUAUGAGAAUUCACACAGAUGAGAAGCCAUAUUCUUGCAGCAGCUGUGGAAAAAGAUUGAGUAACACAUCAGAUUUGAAUGCUCAUAUAAGAAACCACACAGCUGAGAAACCAUUUUCUUGUAAAACAUGUGGGAAAGAUUUCAGAACUAGCAGUCACUUGAAAGUCCACAUGAGAACCCACACAGCUGAGAAACCAUUUUCUUGUAAAACAUGUGGGAAAUCUUUCAGACGGUUGGCUCACUUGAACGACCACAUAAGAAUCCACACAGGUGAGAGGCCUUAUUCCUGCAAAACAUGUGGAAAGAAUUUCAUAGAGAGUACUAAGUUGAAAAUUCACAUAAGAAGAGCUCACACUGGUGAGAAGCCAUACCUUUGCAAGACCUGCGGGAAAGGAUUUGUUGUCACUUCAGCAUUGAAAGCACACAUAAGAAUCCACACAGGUGAGAAACCGUAUCCUUGCAAAACAUGUGGGAAAGAUUUUCGAACAAGCUACUGCUUGAAAGUCCACAUGAGAACCCACACAGGGGAGAAACUGUAUUCUUGUACAACAUGUGGGAAAGAUCUUAAAACUAGCUAUGGCUUGAAACUCCACAUGAGAGCCCACACAGGUGAGAAGCCAUUCUGUUGCAAAACAUGUGGGAACAGAUUCCAUAACAUUUCAGCAUUGACAUCACACGUAAGAAUUCACACAGGAGAGAAGCCGUUUAACUGUGAAACAUGUGGAAUGGAUUUCAGAACUAGUGGUCACUUAAAAGUCCACAUAAAAACCCACACUGGUGUUAAGCCAUAGCUUUGCAUAAUCUGCAGUAAAAAGAUAAGCUUUUGUGUCUAAUUUGAAAUGGCACCGCAUACAGGCAAGUAACUUAAAUCAUACAUGAAAAAAAAAAACACACGAGGAUCAAUAGACAGGAGGAGAAAGCAUCCAGCUGAAACUCGUGUUCACCUGUGAAUGAAAUAUACUUUUGCAAUAGCUACAUCUCUCAACUGAAUGUAAAAUGAUUUCCAAAAAAUGAGACAUCAGUUUCUUAGUGUAAAGUUUCCCUUCAUGUGACUGUAUUACUUAUUGUAAAGGAAUUUCUCCUUCAGUAAGGCUAAUAUCAAACAGGUUUCCCCAGGUCAUAUAAGGGUUAUUUGCUGAACUACAGCAAACCGAAGGUGACAUCCUGUGACUCUCUAAAACAGGUCAGAUUCUGUCUCCUCUCUGUCUGUUCAGUUGACUGUCUGACGCUGCUGCCUUGAUCAGGAUGAACUCUGUGAUCCAUUCUCUUGGUAACCCAAGGUCUAGGGCCCGGUUGUUCAAAAAGUGUAAUCUGGACAGGCACGUCCACACAUAGACAUCAAAAGGGGCUUCAGCACCUGCCCUU